AUGGAACUCGGCCACUAUGACCCCAAUGUCAAGCCCGAUAAAGAUGGCAACAGUUCCAAGCAGGCGAUAUUCUCUGACCAGGACGACGAUGAUGCUUCAUCGGCAGCAGCUACAGCUACUAUCCAACCAUUGCCUCUCCCCCCGGCAAACAAUACUUUGGUUGCUGAUGGUUGUCCAGGCGCUUAUGCCGUUAGUUCCUUGCGUCCCCACCCCAAUACCAGUACCAACAGCCAAUAUGGAGGUACAACCGACAGUUUCCCUGCAUUAGGCACCCAUACCGCCGGGACAGCCACCACUGUGGAAAGCGACGAGGACAACACUCAAGAUCACCUGGUGGAAGCUCAUGUAGUAGUCGACAUGGAGGAUUCCGAUAUCGUAGUGGUUGCUGAAGAGAUUGGCAGUGGCAAUGCCAAGCAAGAAGAGAUGUUGUCUACAAGUUGCUCAUAUACCAAUCGGGCAACAUGGCUGGCUGUUGGGAUGUCCUCACAAGAUCUCUAUGAUGCCAUUGAUGCCUACAUUGCCGACAACAGUCCCAAUUCCAGUAUCUCACAACAAUAUGGAUGGCCCAUUGGUACCUGGUGUGUCACCAAGAUUCAACGGUUUGCCCAUGCCUUUCAGAUAAAUAGAAUGCGAGACCCCAAUCUCAAUGCGGAUCAAGCAAACCAUAUCUCUGAACAGGCUACUACAUGGACUCCUGUUAUUGGAGGAUGGGACAUGUCCAAUGCACAAGACAUGGAAGAAACAUUCCGUGGGGUCCGGAACCUGUCGACUGCUUGGGGAAUCCAUCAUUGGAACACUAGUGGGGUGGUUAGCUUGAAGGCUACAUUCAUGGCCACUCGGUGGAGUCAAGAGGAUCCACUGGACUUGAGCUCCUGGGACGUUUCCAGUGUUCAAUCCUUCAAUCAGUUGUUUCGGCGGAGCAAUGUGCAACAACAAGCAAACAUCUCCCAUUGGAACACAGCCAAUCUAGUCAAUAUGGGCCAAUUUGCGGCGCGUGCCACUCAAUUCAAUGAAGAUCUGUCAGUUUGGGAUACCCGAAAGCUCAGGACACUCCACAAGGCAUUUCAAGAAGCUCACAGCUUUGACCAAGAUCUCUCCCAAUGGCAGGUUGGUUCCCUGACCAGCAUGAACAGUGCCUUUCAAAAAACUGACAAAUUCAACAGUCCCUUGCAUAUGUGGGAUGUUUCACGAGUCCAGUCGAUGUUGCAGACAUUUGAAGAAGCCAAACAAUUCAAUCAAGAUAUUUCUGGUUGGAAUGUGUCUUCUGUGACGGAUCUCCGCUGGGCUUUCAAGAAUGCCACCAACUUUUCUCAAAGUCUCUGUUCCUGGGGGUCGUUGUUACCAGCCCAUGUUUCGGUGACUGAAAUGUUCCAGCACACGAAUUGUCCCAAUACUUCUGAUCCUGUCCUGUUGGAAGGCGGCCCAUUUUGUUUCAAUUGUGGAUAG